AAUAUCCUUAGAAACCCGCCGAGACGGUAUGGAUAAUGAUCAUCUUCAGCGCACAAUCAUCUCAUCCACUCAAAAACAUCAUCAUUUUACCACAUAUAAUUACUAAAUCAGACUUUCCGGUUAAAGUCCAGAAAAAUGAAGUUCUCCGCCGUCAUCCUCUUCGUCGCUUCCGUCGCCGCCGUUGCUCUUGAUACCGAAGUUCCCCCUGCUCUCAGCCAGCCAGGUCGCCGUGGUGUUGACUGCGGCGCUUGCGACAGACUGAACUUCUGCCCUGGCAAGCCGAACAACAAUGUUGAGUGCGAACUUGACGGCUGCUGCAAGAAGUAAACGGCUUCUCUAGGCUUAACUGAAUAUCAAG